GUUUACGACCGUUUCUACCAUCCGAUUGAGAAGCCGCGCACCUACAGUUCCUACUACUAUCAAAGUCUCCUGUAAAAACUUGAUGAGGGCAUGUUCGUGGUCUCUACAAAAACAGUUCCAUCUGAUAUUAGGAGCAAUCCGCACCAGAAGUUAGUAAGACUUCAGAAUGAUGAAGCUGCAGCUCAGACUACAGUUUCUGUUAUGGACCAUCUGCUUUUUAAAGCAGUAUGCUGUUAAGUAGUUCCCUAAAGAACUGAAUCAUCUGCUGUUGCUGUACUGUGCCCCGUUUCAUCUCAGUUGAACAUUACAUUUAUUAGAACAUGUACAAUGGAGUGUGAAGGAAGCACUAAAGAACCUCUCAAAGAUGUAACUGCUACCUGUGAAAAUGUUAAUGAGAAUGUACAGCUGGGAGUAGACAGUGGUGCUGUGGUACAGCUGGAACAAAAUACGGACAGCAAUGGACAAGGAGAGACACAGUCCAGAAGGAAUGAACCUACACAAACUGAAUUAGUAGACGCUAAGGGAAACAGACAGCCGUUUGAUUUUGGCAAGCCACUUGUGGAACAAAGCAAUAAACCCAAAGGAACCAUUAGUAAAAAUCACUCAGAAUUGCUACCUACAGAUCAGGAGAAGGCAGAAAUGCUUCCUCUAGCUACUGAAACAGCCUCUACCAUCAUAAGGCUGCCUUUUAAAGAGACUGACCAAAGGAAGAAUAUGUCUCCACAAUCUGCAAGGUCCAAGGCUAGGGCACUAAAGCAGACCCCUAGGUCUGCCAAGCCUCCUCCAGGAAAAGAUAGGAGAACUGUAAACCAGAACAACGGACAGAUGGAGUGUGAAGUGCAGCAUACAGAAGAACAGAAUGAUGUUGAAACAGCCCCAGUCUCAAAGGAGAAACACUUCAAAGGGGAUGUAGCUGAGGGCAUGGAACAUCUUUACCGUACCCAUAUCUGCCCUGAGUGUCGACGUUGUUUCAAGAAGCGAACCCAUCUAGUGGAGCACAUGCAUCUUCACUUUCCAGAUCCAAGCCUCCAAUGUCCCAACUGCCAGCGCUUCUUUACCAGCAAAAGCAAACUGCAUGUCCAUCUUCUAAGAGAAGCUGGGCAAAAAUCCCAUCGCUGUCAUCUCUGUGACUAUAGUGCAGUAGAGCGCAAUUCACUGAAGCGUCACCUGGCAAGCAUGCAUGAAGAUGAAACCAAUUUUUACUCUGACUUGUACCCCUGCCCUUCAUGUGGAGAAACAUUCCGGCUGAGUCAUGCUCUUAAGGAGCAUAUGAAGUCUCAUCACACUUUACCUGAGGAAAAAUCCUUAGUUUGCUUCCAACAGAACUGCAUCUUUGAAACACAAGAUAAGAAGGAGUUUCAGAAACAUCUGAAAGAUGUUCACAAACUGAAGGCAAUUGAGUGUCGCCACCAUGCCUGCAGUGCUCUGUUUAAAACCAAAGAUGAGAUGGAGGUCCACUACCGCACCCAUGCAGCUUUUCAUUGCCCACAUUGUGACUUUACUUGCUCUAAUAAGCACACAUAUCGCAAGCACAAGCGCCAGGGGCACCCUGGAUCAGAAGAGCUCUGUUGUUCUUUCUGCCCCUUUUCUUCCUUUAAUCCUGUGGAGUUUACUGAGCAUGUCAGCCGGCUGCAUGCCAAUGAAAAGACUCACACCUGUCCUGACUGUGGCUUUGCCACUGCACACAAAAGGGUUCUUGGCCGACACCGACUGCUUCACACUGGAGAGAAGCCUCACAAGUGCAGACUUUGUGAGUUUAGUUGCCGGGAUGUGAGUUACCUGUCUAAACACAUGCUGACUCAUUCCAGUGAUAAGAACUACAUGUGCUCUGAAUGUGGUUAUAUUACAAAAUGGAAGCAUUACCUCAAUGUUCACAUGCGAAAGCAUAUUGGGGACCUCCGGUACCAAUGUAAUGAGUGUUCGUAUCGCUGCCAUCGGGCAGAUCAGUUGAGCAGUCACAAGCUCAGACACCAGGACAAGACCUUGAUCUGUGAAGUCUGUGCAUUUGCUUGCAAGCGUAAAUAUGAGCUGCGAAAACAUAUGCGUGUGAAACACUCACAGGGCAACACUCAUCAGACACCAUUUCACCAGUGCCAGUACUGUAGCUAUCGAACUCACUAUCGUCAAGCCCUGCUAAACCAUGAAAACUGCAAGCACACAAGGCAAAGAGAAUUCAGUUGUGCAUUAUGUGCCUAUCGAACAUUCAGCAAUACCAGCCUAUUUUUGCACAAAAGGAAGGUCCAUGGUUAUGUACCUGGAGAUAAAGCCUGGUUAGAAAACUAUGCCCGUCAUGAAAUGAACAACAACACAUCAGAUAUUUUUCUUAGGAUCAGUGAAAGCCAUGAUUCCCCUGUUAAACUCAUGAAGUCUACUGAUGAUCACCUGCUUAAUUCCAAUAUUGCUGAUACAGAAUGUGCUGUAGAUUCAGGAACAUCAGAAAAUCUGCCAGAUCAAGAGCAACAAAUUGGAGUUGGUUGCAUAGAAGAGUCUAAAACAGAGAUGCAUGAGUCCCAAACAAAACUAUGCAGUGAAGAAUCCCCUCAAAUCUGUGAUGCAGAAACCAGUAAUCAGGUUUGGUCCUCAGAGACCUGUCAGACUGUCGAAUCUUGCCAAGAAAUAGUUGUAACAGACAAGAUUGUUCUUGAAGUUCCUUCAGAUAACCAGAUGGAAUGUUACAGCAUUGUAAUGACUCCAAUUUCCACCGUUCAGCUUGAUACUGAUAAUUUUACAAUGGAUAAGGAGGGAAGCAAAACUUUAUUAACAGUGUCAGGUGCUGUGGAAUAUCAGAGUGAUAAAGAUAUCAAAAUUGCAUCCAUAAGCGAAAUCAACCAAAAUGAGGAACUGGAGGAAGAGGAAAUGGAGGUUGUGCCCGAAACUGAGCAUGAGGAUCAGUGUGAUGCCUCACAAGGCAGAGUAUUUACUUUAGAAGUGGAGCUUAACCAGACUGCAGUGGAAAAGAACAAGGUCAACAUGGAUGGUAGCCCGCAGUGUCUGUCAGGAAGUCAUACAUGUGAUGUGGAAGAGAUGGAAGGGGUGGUAGAUAUUAAUUUAGACAGUUCAAAAGAUCCAUCAGCUAUGGGUAAAGGUCAGGAGAAAAGCAAUCAUUUGCAGUCCGACUGUUUGAUUAAGGCCUUGAGAAAGCAAGAUAAAGAACAAGCAGAGGCAUUAGUACUUGAAGGAAGAGUUCAGAUGCUUGUUGUCCAAACUAGAUCAGCAAUAUUUAGAUGUGACAGGUGCACAUAUGUGACACGUAAACAGUCAUCACUGAUUUUGCACUGUCAGUCUGCUUGCCGUGCAAGGAAGGUUACUUUCAACUGUGAAGAAUGUGGUGCAAUUUUCAAACAGCAGCGUGGUUUGGACUCACACAGGUUAAGAAAAUGUCCUGCUCUCUCCAGAAGGGGCAAACGGCUUACUAGGCUAACACCAACUAGUUCUGAAAAAUCAAUAGCAGAUGACAACUCUACAGCAGUUCAGUCUGGAGAAACAGAAAUGGAAGCCAUACAGUUGAAUGUAGGACUGAUCAAACCUGGCACAGUUGGAAACCGUGAGAUGAAAGCUACUGAAGACAAAGGUGAGCAUUCAGCCUUUACUUCUGUUAUGCCUCAGACCAAUGGAAAUCAAGAGCAACAAACCAAAACAGAGCAGCAGACGUUACAAACAGCCAAUGCAGCAAGAAACACAGUUGUUUCCGUUCGCAAAAAGGUCACCAUGGAUUCCUCUGACUUCAAAAACAAGAUGAAGAAUUCAGUAAUGUAUCAUCAGGAGGGUAAAAAAUUUAAAUGCAGCAGGUGUUCUUUUAUGUGUUCCCGCCAAUCAGCCAUUGAACGUCACUUCAGCACUUUCCCUCAUCAGACCUUUACUGAAACAGUGCUACAUAGAGGAUUGGAGGCAUCCAAGAAAGGGCAAGUGCCACAGAAUGUUGGGAACAUUUUAGGGGAUGGUACAGGCAGUGAAGAAGAUGAGAAGAAUGAAACAACAAAGAAAAACCGCCGUUUCUCCUGCCGCAGCUGUUCGUUUACAUGCCACCAGAAGAGAGCCCUGGAAAGUCACGUAAAACGUGGCUGCCUCAAACCAAAUGAAAUUCAGUGCCAGCUUUGUUCCUUUGUAGGCAAAUCAAAAGUUUCCCUUCUCCGUCACAGAGAGUUGCACAGUAAGAAAAAACAUCAGCCUGUUGUAGGGGGCAAGAAGCCUCUUCUUCAUUGUGAGCAGUGCCCGUUUACCUGUAAGCAGGCUCGCUGUUUGCUCCAGCAUGUUGCUCUUAAACAUGAAGGUUUGAAACCACAUAGAUGUCAAUUCUGUGAUUUCAGCACAACCCGCCGCUAUCGCCUUGAAGCCCAUGAGUCAUUGCACACUGGCAUUGGACGAAUUUGCUGUGAACAGUGUGGUCAGACAUUUGGCACAAACUCAAAGUUGAGGCUUCACCAUCAGCGUGUUCAUGAGAAGCGGCCAACACAUUUCUGCCAGCUGUGCGAUUACAGUGGUUACAAUGGUAAUGACAUAAGCCGACACACUCUUAGCUGCCAUACAGGAGAUUUGUUACACACAUGUACAGAAUGUUCAGCCAAGUUUAGUUCAGAAACCGCACUGAAACAGCAUAGUCAACGAAAGCACCAGAAGUCUACUAGCCUCACAUGCACACAAUGCAGCUUCUCAUGCCACAGCCAAGUAACUCUAAAGUGUCAUCUACAGCGCAAGCAUCCACAAUUGCAGUGUUCUACUUGUCAAGUCUCCUUUGAAACCCGAGAAGAUUUAGAGGAACAUCGUAAGACUCAUUUUAGCCAACGAUGUCCACUGUGCCCUUUUGCUGCAAGGGAACGCCAACUGCUUGCUCAGCACCUGCUUGAAAACCAUGAGGAUGGUCCACUUACUGAGAAACCCCUGAAGUGUGCUGCUUGUGAGUUUGCCUGCAGUCACCAGUUGGUAUUUGAACAACAUGUGCGGUCUCAUGGGGGUACCCGCCUAUACAAGUGCAAUGAUUGCCAGUACACAACACGGAAUCGGCAAAAAAUCACCUGGCAUAUGCGCAUUCACACUGGAGAGAAGCCAUACCAAUGCAGCCAGUGCAGCUACGCCUGUGCAGAUCCUUCACGCUUAAAGUACCACAUGCGGACACACCAGGAAGAGCGGAAAUACCUUUGCCCAGAAUGUGGAUACAAGUGUAAAUGGGUGAACCAGUUAAAGUACCACAUGACAAAACAUACGGGUGCCAAACCCUAUGAGUGUGAGGAAUGCGAUUACUGCACCAACAGAGCAGAUGCCCUUCGGAUCCAUCGUGAGACCCGCCAUCGUGAAGCUCGUUCAUUCAUUUGCGAACAGUGUGGCAAGGGUUUCAAGACACGCUUUCUUCUCAAAACUCACAUGAAAAAGCACAGUGACGAUCGCCCUUACGUGUGUCGGGUGUGCUUGCGUGGCUUCCGGUGGGCUGCUGGGCUGCGGCAUCACUACCUUACUCAUACUAAACAACAUCCAUUUUACUGCUUGCAUUGUUCCUAUCGGGCUAAGCAAAGGUUUCAAGUGGUGAAGCAUCUUCAACGACACCACCCGGAGAUGAUUGAUGGCAAGGACCCCCAGCAAGGUGUGGGGAAGGACCCUGGGUCCCAACUUGUGCUGCAGCAAGCUCGACUAAAAGUGGCGAAAGAUACUGCUGGUCCCGAAGCUCAGGAGCAUGAGCUAAUGCAUGAUGGGAAGGGCUGAACAGCACAAUUGAACCAGUGGUGGCCAAAUUGAAAUGAAUUCACCUUGAGGAAUUCAGGCUCAAACUGUUCAAAAGUUAUACUUUAUUGGUUAUUGUACAAAAUUUGAUUUCUGAUUUGUUUAUGUCUGUAGAAUAGUAUUUCUUUAUUUGUAUUUGUUUAACCUGUUUUUGAACCAGUUAAUUGGAAAACAAACUGA